GGUGCCAAGAGGCUGGGGUAACGUGGGUACCACUCUUUUUAGGGCAAAAAACCCUAGCCUGAGUGGUCAUUUCCAGGCUUCCAGUUUGCAUGACAAAAAGUGGCAGAAUGGGAGGGGAUGUGAAGGAGCCAUAAAGCGAGUUCUGUUGAACAUCCUGAAGGUGCUGCCUUCACGGAGCCCACUCCCCAUCACAGAAGAUAAAUGACCCACAUCCAGGAGGCAGAAGGCCCUUGACAGCCGGGCCAGAAUGAAAACCCAUCAGUUUUACUUCUCCCUUCUGCCUCCUCUGACUUGGUUUCCUUGAACUCAGCUUCUGGGGAGCCAAGUGCUGAGCUGUGAAAGAAGGUAGGUGGAUGCUACGGAGACUUGGAACUGAGCCCCUGAAGUGGGCAGUAGGAACCAGAGUGAAUGAAAACUCUUAGGUGGUGUCGAUGGUCACAGUCCUGCUCCUGGUUGUGGGAGGCGUGAGGGGGUCUUCAGCUUGCGUGGUGCAGGGAGGGGAGAAGAAAGGAGGACAGGGACAGGAGAGAGUUCCAGAACCUGAGAGCACAAUCCUGAGAGUGAUCUCACUGCGGGCCCAGGAUUCUGGAACUUGGGCUGCCUGAUGGUCCCUAUAUGAAAGAUGUAGUAGGGAAAAGGAGCGACAGCUGGCUAAAGGGGCCCCCCACAACCCUCCCCGACACCCUAGGAGAGCAGCCUCUCUCCGCUGGUCCCAGGGUGCCAUGGAGAUGGAGAGCGCGGCGGCCUCCACACGUUUCCACCAGCCUCACAUGGAGAGGAAGAUGAGUGCGAUGACCUGUGAGAUCUUCAACGAGCUUAGGCUAGAGGGCAAGCUCUGCGACGUGGUCAUCAAGGUCAAUGGCUUUGAGUUCAAUGCCCACAAGAACAUCCUCUGUAGCUGCAGUUCCUACUUUAGAGCUUUGUUUACAAGUGGCUGGAACAACACUGAGAAGAAGGUAUACAACAUCCCCGGCAUUUCCCCCGACAUGAUGAAGCUAAUAAUCGAAUAUGCCUACACCCGGACCGUCCCUAUCACACCGGACAACGUGGAGAAGCUUCUGGCUGCUGCCGACCAGUUUAACAUCAUGGGUAUUGUCAGGGGUUGCUGCGAGUUCCUCAAGUCGGAGCUGUGUUUGGAUAACUGUAUCGGCAUCUGCAAGUUCACGGACUACUACUACUGCCCCGAGCUGAGGCAGAAGGCCUACAUGUUCAUACUGCACAACUUUGAGGAGAUGGUGAAAGUUUCAGCAGAGUUUUUAGAGCUCUCAGUCACCGAACUUAAGGAUAUCAUUGAGAAAGAUGAGCUCAAUGUCAAACAAGAAGAUGCUGUCUUUGAGGCCAUUUUAAAAUGGAUUUCUCAUGACCCCCAAAAUAGGAAGCAGCAUAUUUCAGUUUUGCUUCCCAAGGUUCGCCUGGCCCUCAUGCAUGCUGAAUACUUCAUGAACAAUGUUAAGAUGAAUGACUACGUCAAAGACAGUGAGGAAUGCAAGCCAGUCAUCAUUAAUGCCCUGAAGGCCAUGUAUGACCUGAACAUGAACGGACCUUCUAAUUCUGACUUCACCAACCCCCUCACCAGGCCCCGCCUGCCCUACGCCAUCCUGUUUGCAAUUGGUGGCUGGAGUGGUGGGAGCCCCACCAAUGCCAUUGAGGCAUAUGAUGCUCGGGCAGAUAGAUGGGUGAAUGUCACUUGUGAGGAAGAGAGUCCUCGUGCCUACCAUGGGGCAGCCUAUUUGAAAGGUUAUGUUUAUAUCAUUGGGGGGUUCGAUAGUGUAGACUAUUUCAACAGUGUUAAGCGUUUUGACCCAGUCAAGAAAACUUGGCACCAGGUGGCCCCAAUGCACUCCAGACGUUGCUAUGUCAGUGUGACAGUCCUCAGCAAUUUCAUUUAUGCCAUGGGAGGAUUCGAUGGCUACGUGCGUCUCAACACUGCUGAACGUUACGAGCCAGAGACCAAUCAAUGGACACUCAUUGCCCCCAUGCAUGAACAGAGGAGUGACGCGAGUGCCACGACACUCUAUGGAAAGGUCUACAUAUGUGGUGGGUUUAAUGGGAAUGAAUGCCUGUUUACAGCAGAAGUGUACAACACUGAGAGUAAUCAGUGGACAGUCAUAGCACCCAUGAGAAGCAGGAGGAGUGGAAUAGGCGUAAUUGCUUAUGGAGAACACGUAUACGCAGUAGGUGGCUUUGACGGAGCUAAUCGACUUAGGAGUGCUGAAGCCUACAGCCCAGUGGCUAAUACUUGGCGCACGAUCCCCACUAUGUUUAAUCCUCGUAGCAAUUUUGGCAUCGAGGUGGUAGACGACCUCUUGUUUGUGGUGGGUGGCUUCAAUGGCUUCACCACCACCUUUAAUGUUGAGUGCUAUGAUGAAAAGACCGACGAGUGGUAUGAUGCCCACGACAUGAGUAUCUACCGCAGUGCUCUGAGCUGCUGUGUGGUCCCAGGGCUGGCCAACGUUGGGGAGUAUGCAGCUAGAAGGGACAACUUCACGGGAUUAGCCCUGCGAGAUGAAGUAAAGUACUCCGCUUCGACAAGUACCCUACCUGUAUGAGCCUCUUCAUUUAGCUAAUAAAAAGUCUAAGCAAUAAGAAUUAAUUCUCUUUUUAAAUAAAUGCAGUGUUUAAACUUGUUAAGAGUACUUGAAAAUGUUCAACUUAAGGGAGACAAGGGUUGGAUGACUGAAGGGGAGGAAGAGGGGAGGAAGAAAGCAAUUAUAUUCAGCGGUGCAUCCUUAAGAAGGAAAAACCACAGUGCGAAUCAGCUCUAAAGAAAUACGUUUAUUUAAAACUCACACUGAAACAAUUAGUAGCUUUAACACAGAACAAGAUAGCCUGAGGAACAUAAAACAAGCUAUUGUAUAAUGUCAUGUCUCAAAGUGUCCUAAAUUCUACAUCUCCUCUGACCUAAAGGGAGACAGUCAAGAUUAUGCUUGCAGUAAAACGGGCUGGAUACUGCUAGCCCAGAAAACUCACUGGUACCAACUUGAACUAAAUAUUUAUUUUACAAAUAAUGAGCCCUAGUACAUGGAUGUAAGAUCUCCAACCAUGUAGCAAGCACUACUUUUCACAAGUGCAUUAUGCAGGAGGCUUAAGUUAACAAGUGCUCUAUUGUAUGUGCUUCACGGUCAGACAUUCGCAGUAAUGCCAUAUAGAGUAAGACAAAAGCCCUACAAAGGUAAUCAACAAAGAGCAGUUAUUUGGCUAUCUAAUUAAAUUCCUUGAAGCAAAAUGACUACUAUAUUAUGUUACUAUUAUUGUAUUACAUCACUGGACUAUGAGCCGUCUUGUUUCCAAUGACCAAAACACGUUAUAAUGUAAGCAUUGUAACAAAAACAAAAAUAGACUCUUCUGGAGAAAGUCACAAACUGGAGUGAUGAACUGUACCAAAAUGUUUAACAAUUAAAAAAGGAGAGAUCAGAUUGGUUCUCAAAUACUCUCCAGUUAAAAGGCAACCAAUAAAUAUCCUAUUUUUCUAGUGUAGGCAGAGAACUUGCUUCACAAUUCUACAUAUUUGGAAAAAGACAUGAAAUGUGGCUGAUACACCCUUUUUAUUCAAGCUUAAUGUGAGGCAAGUACAAAAAACAUCCCUUUGGUUACGCUUGAUUAGGCCAAGUAACUAAAAUAUACAAUUUGGCUUACCUCUCUACCUAUAAUAUGGCAUAAUGUUCGUAUUAGAAUUAUGAAGCAGAGAAUGAAGUAUUUAAACAUACCACAUGCUACACUAGUCCACAAACAUAAAGAGGAAAAAAGUGUGCCUUAGCAACUGCCUUACCAGCAGCCUGAAGAGUUUAAUAUACAAAAGCACACAAAUCUUCCAUAAAUACUAUCUUUCCAGCUCCAAACUUCUAUUCUACAUUAAAAAAGAUUUCAAAAUUUUUUUUGGUCCCAGAAACACUAUACAAAAACAAGUGAUUACAACAAAACUGAUGCCAAUGAAUUUUGAGAUUUGUUGUUUCUUUGUUUUUAGCAAAAUAGUUUCGAAUUGGCACAGCAAAAGCAAAGUUGAAUAUCAAGAUACACAAGACUAAUCAUGCAAACAACUCCAGGUGAGAUGUAUUACUUAAACACUAAGCUCAUGACUGACAUUCUCAAUAUACACACUGAUUUUUUUUUUUUUUUUUAAACCGUGGUGGUGUAGGUAUAGUUCAAGGAGAUCCACUCUAAGAUAAAAGCAGGCUCACUCAAAGCUAUGCAGAGUUACUACUUUUUGGUAUAAUCAAUUCUUCUCUUUUCCUUCUACAAAACAAAAAAAAAGCAACAACAGAAAAAGGUUUGCCUGAAUACACAUUAAGCUGUCUUUUUAAAGCUAUAUUUUUAACGUCUUUUAUAAGUUUUCAUCAAGGAGGAAAUGUCUUUCCCAAAGAGCCAUUUUAGGAUGAUCAUUAAAACCAGAACCUUUCCAAAUACUCUGGGAAGUUAUAUUCCCAGUUUAGAAUUUCAGAAUGUCAGCCUUGAACAGAUUUAAGCAAACCUGGUUUCUUUCCUUAUUAACAAGUUAGUUGGGAUAUUUCAGAAACACAAGUUAUUGAUGUGAAAUCACACAUGUGAAUUCAAAUAUGAAAAUUAGGAAUCCAGUAGUCAGGAACCCUGCCCACAUCAUCAUGCAAGGAAGGACUUACCCUUUUCUUCCCAGCCAUGGCCUAGGCUGCCUGCUGAGUUAAAAAACAACAGUUUCAAUCAUGUUUUCAAAACCAGAUUAUACCUGCCACAUCGUGUGAAAAAAAGACACCCUGCAAAUAACUUGGUAAUGACUAUCUCAGAAGACAACUGAGACCUACCCCCAUCCCACCCCCUCUCAAACAAGACAAUCAAAAACCUUACAUCACACCUUUCUGGAGAGAAACUGGCACCUUAGUGAGCUACUAAAUUAUUUCAACACCACUAAGAAAAGGAGUUUGCUAGCAUAUCUAUCAGAGACAGAAAUGAGGAUUUCAUUCAAUGAGCUUUCUGUCUUACUUGCAUAGACCUCUCACAACUAAGAAUUAGCACGUCUCAGAAUCUAAAUGGCUUUUAUUAAAAUAAAAUGCAAAUUAAGAAAAUGGUAGAGGUGGGGUAGGGUAACAUCUCCUCACACACAGACUUGCAGUAUCCCACUCCUACCCUGGCCUAAAUUAACUGGUUUGUGGGGUUUUUUUUUUUGUCUUUUUCUAGGGCCACGCCCUUGGCAUAUGGAGGUUCCCAGGUUAGGGGUCCAAUCGGAGCUACAGCUGCCGGCCUACGCUACAGCCACUUGGGAUCCGAGCCUCAUCUGCGACCUACACCACAGCUCACGGCAAUGCUGGAUCCUUAAACCACUGAGCAAGGCCAGGGAUCGAACCUGCAACCUUGUGGUUCCUAGUCGGAUUCGUUAACCACUGAGCCAUGACGGGGAUGCCUAAAUUAACUGGUUUUAAAGUAAUUUCCAACACAUUUAUUGAAAAACUUUGUCUUAGAUAAGGAUAUCAAUUUGAAGUUUCAGGAAGUUCUUAGUAUAACAUCCAAGGCCUAAACAUUAAUAGUCCUGCAGCACCUUGAGAGCCAAAAUUUCUGGUUGUACUUUUUUCUCUUGAUGUUUGCUCCAACUAAUAAGAUUAACUAUAAUGGACUGGGAAGAAAAAAAAAAUCACUGCACUUGGAAUUCAACUUCUAGAAUGGUAUUCCAGAAUGUCUAAGAAGGUAGAGACAUUCUGAAAGAAACAAGGAAAGUAUACUGAAUCCACAAGGGAAACCAUUAGAGUAGGAGUCAAUUAUGCUUACCGAUGCUAAAAGUCAACAUAAGUGCUAAUUUGCAUAAAAUUUGGGUACCGAUAAGAGGAUCAGAAGAAUGUAUAAAAGAUAACCAGGGAGUUUCCUGGUGGUGCAGCAGGUUAAGAAUCUGGCAUUGUCACAGCUGUGGUGUGGGUUUGAUCCCUGGCCUGGGAACUUCCGCACGCCUUAGGCAUGGCCAAAAAAUAAA